UCUCCUCUCCCCAUGGAGGAGUUCAACGAGAAGAAAUAUUCUUCCUCAUCUUCCUCUUCUUCUUCUUGCCUUUCAGCUCAACUCUCUGGCUUACCAUGCAUGCGUGCUCCCGCCAUUGAUCGUCCAAGCUUAUAUAUACACGGCACACCAGGCUCCUCCGACAAGACAAGAUCGUCCCUUCUCCCAUCCCUCUUCUCCAUUGAUCCAUUCCCACAAGCAAGAACCAAACAGAGCUCGACCGCCAAGAAACCUCCACCAAUGGCGGCCACCAAGAAGAGGGAGAUGGUGUUCUUCGACGUGGAGGCGGCGCCGUCGUCCGGCGAGUGCCGCCUGCUGGAGUUCGCCGCCAUCCUCGUCUGCCCGCGCCGCCUCGUCGAGGUCUCCAGCUACUCCACCCUCAUCCGCCCGGACAACGCUGCCGCCGACGGCAGCAGCCUCCCCUCCUCGACCCCCUCGUUCGAGGACGUCUUCCCGGACAUCUUCGAGCUGCUGGACGGCCGGGUGUGGGCGGGCCACGGCAUCCGGCGCGCCGGCUGCCCGCGCGUGCGCGAGGCCUUCGCCGCCUUCGGCCUGCCCGCGCCGGAGCCCGUCGGCGUCGUCGACUCCCUCGACGUGCUCCUCGCGCAGGGCGCGCAGGGGUGCUUCGCGCGGGCCGGCGCCGGGGACGACGGCCAGGAGGAGGACGAGGAGGCGGCGGCGGCGGCCCUGGCGGAGCACUUCGGGAUCGGCGCGCGGCGCGCGCGCGGGCUCCGGUGCCUCGACGGCGCGCGCGUGAGCCUCGAGGUGCUCAAGCACUGCGCCGGCGUGCUGCUCCUCGAGGCCAGCCUCCGCGGCGACGUCCCCGCCGGCGCCAGGGGCAGGAGCAAGCCGGCGGCGACUCCUGCUAAGCCCGAAGGCAACAACAACACGUUGGAGAAGGCGUUUGCCCUCGCGGCGGCCAAAUCGACGACACCGGCGAAGGCGGCCACGGCCCCUCCUCCUCCGUCUCCUGCUGCUUCUACUUCUCCGGCGGCUGUCCAGAACGUGAAGACGAGCACGGGGAAGAGGGACAGCACGGGGAAGGUGGUUGUGGUAGCGAAGAAGGGAGCGACGGCGGCGACCGUGACGACGACGACGGCUACCGGGGGUCGCCGUGUGCGGCCGCCGGCGCCACCGUUCAGCAUGGUCCUCAGGCACUCAAGGGCCGUCAUCAGAUGAGAUGAUCGAUGAUGAUCCAAUCAUCUCACCUCACCACUGAUUAUUGCACAGCUUAAUUGUAGUUCUGAUCCAUUGAUUCGCCCAAAUUCACUCAUAUUUGCAUUCCUUCAUUCAUUUGUAAAUUGUACAUCAUAGUUAACCUCGACCCAGGUUUAGUUUGACAGCAAUGUUUAGUGUAACCAUCAUCAUCAUCAUGUUGUAAAAAGACAGUUCAUCUCAUUUUAUUUGUAAAUAAAUGCAAUUUGUAACAAACUGUUGUUGUACAAAAGAGGCCCUCAUUUGCCUCAACUAUGAAUAACAAUUCAUGAUUCAUUUC